CAAUACACCCUAUAAUAAAGCUCGUCUUGUUGAUCAAAUUGAAAAAAAAGUUGAACAUGGUGACACGAAACAUAGCCUUAGUAGUGGUUAUAUUUGGCGGGGUGUGUGCGUGGUGUACGGCCACCCCCGCGUGCACGGUGGGCAGGGAGUACGUGGUGGACAAUUGUGUUCGAUACAGGUGUAUUUUUGGGCGAGCUACCCAUGACCCCUGUCCCUCGGGACUGUUUCCGUCUUACAAAGUCGGAACAGGCUGCAGCUGGCCGAGGGAAUCCGAAUGUACCACGGACUUGGAGACAGGAAAAAUCAUUGAUCCGUGCAGUGGGGACCCUUGUUUGAAUGGGGGUAGAUGCAUUGCUUCCUCCAAUGGCCAAUCCUACCUCUGUUCUUGUCCCGCCGGUUACCAGGGAGCGCGUUGUGAAAUCAAUGAAAACGAGUGCUUGAGUAGCCCCUGCAAGAAUGGGGGAGUUUGUGUGGACGAACAGAACGGCUUCCGGUGCCAGUGUACUGUGGGAGCUGGCGGGGUCUACUUCACAGGACCACUCUGUGAAACCCAAACAUCAAAACUUGAGAGUGUAUGCAUGCCCAAUCCCUGCAAGAACGAGGGCUACUGCUUUGAUACAGGGGAGGGGUCCUUCUUCUGUUACUGUCGCCCGGCGUUCACGGGACCAUUGUGUAAUCAAUCGAUGGAAAUAAGUGAUCCCUGCUCCAGUCGACCUUGUCUUAACUCCGGAAUCUGUAGCAGCGUUGGAACGUCACAGUUCAAGUGUUUCUGUUCACCUGGGUACACAGGAACACACUGCGAACACGCUCAAGAUCCAUGUAUUUCGAACCCUUGCUUGAAUGGUGGUAUCUGUUUUAAACUCGCCGAUUUACCAUCUUUUGGAUGCGCAUGUCCUGAAAAAUUCACGGGCUCUCUAUGUGGAACCGCUGUUUCUAAUCACCCGUGUGAUGACCGGCCGUGUAAGAACGGUGGAUACUGUAUGCAGGUUGGAAGCACAUACAAGUGUUACUGUAGGUCCGGCUACACCGGGCCGGACUGUAGUCUAGCGACAUCAGCCAUCAUUUCUAACCAGUGUAGCGGGGGUACGGAUCUGUUAACCCACCCUACGUACUGUCAGCUGUACUAUAACUGUAGUGCACCGACCGGAAACAUCCCCGCUAGGCCCGACGAGCAGUACUUGGACGAGUGUCCUUACCCUCAGCUCUUCUCCACCGCCACCAACAAGUGUGAGCCGUUCUACAGGGUGGAGUGCGGCCAGCGCCAGGUUCUGGUGGACUACUGCGAUUACUGGAAGCAAGACUGUACGAGCACUUGCAAGCCUUGCUACAUUGACCACCCGAGCUGUAGCGGCCUGACGGACGGGAUUCACGGUAACCCCAACAAACCGAACACACCCUACUUCAUGUCCUGCUACCAAAACAGAACGGUGUACACCUCCGAAUGUUCGAGGGACAGGCUGGGGACACAGAUGGUGUACCACGGGGACAAAUGUACCAGCGUGUUCCAGAUAGCCAAGGCAGAGGGGGGUCGGCGACCCGAGUGCCCAAAUGAUACCUUGGGGACGUACCCCGAUCCGAAUGGAGACUGUGCCCUGUACUAUAUGUGUCAAGGGGGCGUGGCUACGAUGAUGCAGUGUACUGACGGGCUGGUGUACCGCUAUGAGCCAGAUAAACCCCUGUGUCAGGACCCCGCCGACGUGUGUGAGCCCUGCGGACGGAGAUCUUGUAACACAACCAACCAGAAGUGAUUGUCCCGCGGAUAGAUUAAGGAAGCAUAUGGGCAAAAUAUUUUACUAGAGUUCUUAGAUUACUUAUAUUUUGAAUCUGUUUACAAUGUCAUGAUCGGAUCAUGACAUUCAACAUUCAUGCAGUAAUGAUGUAUUAAUGUGUAAAUCAAGGUUUAUAUACAAUCUAAUUUGUUGGAAAAAUUUUCUCAAGUAUUUUGUAUUUGUUUUUCAAAGCGGUUUAGAUAUUUUAAUAGGAAAAUAAGUGAUUUCACGGAAUUACAUGUAAACUCAGAGUCCAUGUGCUUCCUUAACACCCCCGCGCCCUC